AUGAGACGGCUGCGUAUCGGACACGCUGACGAGCUUGUGCAGAUCUUGCUGUACGAUAAUGAUCCCGUUUUUACCAUUGCCGUCGCAGACAAAGAUCUUGCAGUCGAGCUUCUCCGAGAUGCUCAGAAUUGCCACGUCCCACAAACUGAAGGGGCCGACGUGGAAAAAGCGCUCUUCGACUGCUCAGAGCACCGGUUCGAAGAGUAUGUCUACGUAGUCCAAUCGACUAUGAAGGUAUUCACGGAAGUCAAUGCCGACCUUGUCCUGGCGAAUAACCUCUUCACCCCCGCCAUCACUCGUGUCGCCUUAUGGUCCCCCGACGGCCUGAAGAUCAUCCUACCCAGCAGUACAGCAGUCGACUUUCCCUUGUCUGUUGUGCCGGAUCACCUUGUCUCCUGUGGCCCCCUCGUUCUCCCCACGAAGCCCUUGGAGGAGGCUGACGCUGGCCUUGCUGUCCGGAUGGCUAAGCUGCCGACGGUUCAUACCAACCUCGGAACCCAUACCACGUAUGAGGAAUCCAACGCAAGGGAGCUAGCUAGUGCGCUCAAGACUCUAUUUAUCGCGGCCAGGAAGAUUGGCCAGGAACUUUGGGUUUUAUGGAAGCUAAAUCAAUGA